AUGAUGAUGAACUUGUCCUCCUCCUUCAGAGCCUAUGGCAAAGUUGAUGCAGCCGAGCAAGCAAAGCUUGAACAAGCUCGUCGGAAAACCCGAAAGCGCGUCGCCAUCAUAACCAUAUCCUCCAUAAUUCUCGUCUGCAUUGUAGUCGCCGCCGUGCUCGGAACUUCUCAUGAUUCGCAAAGUGGUGGCGCUUCCGAUCAGCCUCUCUCCUCUUCUAUAAAGGCCAUUUGCGAUAUCACCUUGUACCCAGAUACUUGUUUCACAAGUCUUGCUCCUCUAGCUCACUCAAGCCAUUUUCAGCCUGUAGAUGCCUUCAAGUUGGCAACCCAAGUGGCCUUGGCUGAGUUGCAUAAAGUUGCUGAUAAGUACUUCUUGGGUCACAACAUUUUCAACGGUAAUUCCGACAACAUGACUGUUGCGGCUUUGGAAAAUUGCCGCCAACUUUUGAGCCUCGCGUUGGAUCAUCUUAAUGGCACAUUGUUCUCCAGUUCUCUCUCGUUGAUUGAAGUUGCUGAUGAUCUCCAAACUUGGCUGAGUUCUGCAGGCACUUACCAGGAGACGUGCAAAGAGGGCUUUGAGAAUGCAACAAUACAGAGCAGUAUUGCCAAUUGGCUGAAGAAUUCUACUGAACUAACAAGCAACAGCCUUGCCAUCAUAUCAUGGAUUUCAAAGAUAGAAAGCGCUUUGAAUCUUAGGCGGCGACGGCUAAUGAGUUUCCCAGAGUGGCUGAAUUCGAACGAUAGGAAGCUACUUCAAAGUUCAGAUUUGACGAAGCAGGCGAACAUCGUUGUCGCCCAAGACGGCACCGGCCAUUGUGGAAACAUCAGUGAUGCUAUUAAAGCAGCCCCGAAUAAAACCGACACCAGGUUCGUGAUCUAUGUGAAGAAAGGGAUUUACUAUGAAAAUGUACAAGUGAAUAAGAACAAGUGGAACAUUGUGAUGGUUGGUGAUGGAAUGAAUGAUACAAUUGUAUCGGGUGCAUUUAACUUUGUGGAUGGGAAUCCAACAUAUUCAACUGCAACAUUUGCAGUAGCUGGCAAAGGCUUCAUUGCUAUAGACAUGGGGUUCUGCAACACUGCAGGAGCAAUCAAGCACCAGGCAGUAGCCUUAAUGACAGACUCGGACAAAUCCGUCUUCUACAGGUGUUUGAUCGAUGCAUUUCAGGAUUCCCUCUACGCACACACCAACCGGCAGUUCUACCGCGAAUGCAACAUCACCGGAACGGUUGAUUUCAUCUUCGGAAACUCGGUGGUGCUGCUGCAAAACUGCAACAUACUGCCUAGAUUGCCGUUACCUGGGCAGCAGAACACCAUCACAGCACAAGGCAAGGUUGACCCAAAUCAGAACACUGGUAUCUCGAUCCAGAAUUGCAGCAUCUCACCAAAUGGGGACUUGAGUUCAGUCCAAACAUACCUUGGCCGGCCAUGGAAGAAUUACUCCACAACUGUAUAUAUAGGUAACUAUUUGGAUAACUUCAUCGAACCCAAUGGAUGGUUGCCAUGGGUAGGCGCAUCAGCUCCGAGCACCAUAUUUUACAGCGAGUUUCAAAACUAUGGCCCUGGUUCUCAGCUGAAUGAUAGGGUUAAAUGGGAGGGAGUAAAGAAUAACAUGACCACGAAACAAGCCAAGAAAUUCACAGUGGGUGCAUUCAUCAAAGGGAAAAAGUGGAUUUCAGAUGCAGGGGUUCCCUAUCAAUCUGACCUGUGA